AAUUCGUACGAUAUGAAAGAGAGCGAUGGCACGGCGUUGAGGCUGAGUCAAGGUCACCACCAGCUCAGCAGCCAUCCGUACGAAAUCAACGGCUACUACGACAGUAACGGCAUACGAAGGAAGAACGCGACGCGCGAGGCCACUAGCGCGCUGAAGGCCUGGCUCAAGGAACACAUCAAGAAUCCGUACCCGACGAAAGGAGAGAAGAUCAUGCUGGCCGUCAUCUCGAGGAUGACGUUGACGCAAGUGUCGACGUGGUUCGCGAACGCGCGACGCAGGCUGAAGAAGGAGAACAGGCUAGCCGGAAGCAUUACGAGCAAGGAUGACGACGACGACGAUGACGAUGACGAUGACGAUGACGAGGAGAUGCACAAAGGUUCCGACGAGCAGUCGGCUGCUGGUGACGUCACAUCCGACGUAUUUUUCGACGACGCCAACGAUGGCGAUAAUUCGCACGAGCCUGACAUCGACAUUCUCGGUACAUCGAAAGACGCGGAAACUAUCGCAAAAACUCCGCGCGCGGAUGUUAAGCCGGUCGUGCAAGCCGCCGCCGUGAAACCGAAGAUUUGGUCGCUCGCCGAGACGGCGAUGUCUUCCACUCACCCCGCGCGGCGACCGACGGCGUAUCCCAUGCCGCACCACACGCAGACGAUCGGCUCCGGCGCCUGGCCGAUGUACUACAGCGCCUUUCCGGUAACGUUUCCACUGCCCGUAUCACCCCUCACUCCGCCACUGACGCCGGAGAAAGUAGGUCCGCUGUCCAACUAAUGGCGGAGGGGUGGCGUGAUGCGGUCAUUCACGUAUUUUAUGCGCUUCCAAAAUCAAAAUGAACGGCGCCAUGCGAUUACAUGGCUUUACGUUACAUAGGUGCUUGCUCAUGUAAGACUGAACGAAUCGAUUCAUGUAGCCAUUGCUUCCACAAUGAUCGGUCCACGAUGCAUUCCGCGCGAACGUUUUUGACUUGCGGAUGAAUCGUUAUACGGUGUGUUGCCGCUUGAAACGCGAGAGAUGGACUGUAGCUCCUAUUGUUGUUAUUUCGUUGUUGUAAAUUAAUGAUUAUUUCGUUAGGCGAGUUAUCGUAGUAUCGUAAAGAGUAUUAAAACUUGUAGUUGAGUACAAGAACACGUAGAAUUAAACCAUGUAAUCGGUCUUCAGUCUCCUUUGUACUGAGAAGCAUUCUGUGAUACCCCUGGUUCCGAUUCACAAUAAUAAAUAUGUGGUUUGAUAUCAAAUUUUAACGCCUGUUGUACUGUUAGAAAAAUAAUGUACAACUCAAUGCGUGCUGUAAAUAAGUAUGAUAUACAAAAAUAAUUAUAUAUAUAUAUAUAAAUACAAACGAUAUUUUCUCUCGCACAGAUUGUGUAAAUAUCAUUUCUGUAAUAUAUUGUAAGUACAUUUGCUACGGUGCGUAAUAAAAUGUCGUGAUAUAUGCAAA